AUGGGGCUGAUCGACUUCCUCGUCUCCUCGCACUCGGAGUUCUCCGCGCUGGCGCACGGCCUGUCCUCGCCCCAUACCAUCACCUUGUGCCCGCCACGCCGCGCGAAGAGCGGCGCGGACGCGGAUGACAGGGUCGCGUGCGACCGCACCGGGGUGCCCAACUCCGUGCUGACGCACCCGGCCCGGUGGGGCCGCGCGGCCGCGCCGCUGGACCGCGUCGCGGGCGUGGACGAGGCCGAGGUGGGCCCGCAGCUCCGGCGGCUGUGGGAGGCCCGCGUGCGGGACACAUCGGGGGUGAGCCGCUGCGGUCCCGCCGGGACCAGGGCAUCGUCGCCGCCUUCGACCCAGGGGCCGAGGUGGAGGCCUACUGGCCGCGCCCCGCGGACUUCGCGCGCUCCAGCCGCCCCGCCAGCGCGGAGUGGGCGGCGGCUGCCUCUGGGCCGGUCGGCGCCGCGGCGCGCGCGCCGCG